AUGGGACACUUUGGAAGAGUGUGUAGAGGAGCAGAAAAGAAAAUAUGCGGCAUGGGUAAAGAUUCCUGCUCUAGUGAAGAAACAGACAGUUCUGAUGAUGAAAACCAGCAAGCCAAAAGUUUGCAUUUACUGCACCUCAAAAGCCUGAGGACCCAUGAGGUUGGUAAUGAAAACGACAUGCCGAGAGAUAACGAGUGGUGGGAAACUGUUCAAGUUGGCCAUGGGAGAUUGCAAUGCCAACUGGAUACAGGUGCACAGGCUAGUGUCAUGACCGCUAAGCAGUUAAAAAGUGUUGCUCCCAAUGCACGGAUUACGAAAACAUACAAGAGGCUUGUGUUAUAUAGCCAACACCAGAUUGUGCCCAGAGGAUGCACCACACUAAAAGUGAAACACAAGGAAAAAGAGAUCAAGGUGAAAUUCUUCAUCAUUGACAAGGCACAUAAUCCAAUCUUAUCUGGAAAAGUGUGCAAAGUCUUAAACCUAGUAAAGCGAAUACACGAAAUCGACCACAACCUUAAAGAGCUUCUUAUUCAACAUCCAGAUUUGGAAAAUGCAACAAGAUCGAUUCCAGGGACAUACUCGAUUAAGAUUGACCCAACAGUGACCCCUGUAGUACAUGGUCCAAGAAGGCAACCCGCAGCGCUCCUACCAAAGAUUACGAGCGAGCUAAAAGAAAUGGAAAAAAGGGGCAUUUGGCAAAAGUAA